AGUGUUAACUUCCGGUGUAAAUUAAGGCGCAGGCAGGUCAAAGAAAUCUUGAUAUAAACUGAAAGCAAGCAAGCUAUGUCCGCUCUUUAUAGAGCAGGUAUAAGGGUACUUGACAAGGCGGUUCCUGCCAAAUUCCAACCUUUUUGGAACCAUGAAGCAGGUCCUAAAACCAUAUUCUUUUGGGCACCAACCUUCAAAUGGGCUUUAGUGAUAGCAGGGCUAGCUGAUGUUGCCAGACCAGCAGAGAAAUUAAGUGUAAGGCAGGCAGGUGCUUUGGCUGCAACAGGGUUAAUUUGGUCCAGAUACUCCAUGGUUAUCAUCCCCAAGAACUGGAAUCUUUUUAGCGUCAAUAUAUUUGUAGCAAUAACUGGGAUAUAUCAGCUACAAAAAAUAUACUUUUACAGACAGGAACUAAAAAAGAAGGAGCAGGCAGAGGAAUCUUAACAUGGAGCAAAAUUAUAAUAUAUAUAAAUAUAUAUAUACAUAUAUGUAUGUAUGCCACCUAAUGGACAAUAAGUAUAGGAACCAAGGGAGUGGGCAAUCAGAUAUCUCUUUCUUGACUUACACUGCACAUAACUAUACCCACUAUCACUACUCAGUGACAUUGAUGUGUCAAUAACAAAGAUUUUUACAUGUAGAGAUUUUAUUUAAAGAACCUGAAGAUACUUUUAAAACCUAAAAGUUUACAGAAUGUUUGUUUGUUUGCCACAGUAUACUGUUGUUUGAACUGAGUUAUUUGUAAAAGUGUUUUAUGAAAAUUUGUGAAGGUUACUACUAGUAAUAAAUGCUAUUACUUCAUUGCAGUAUUAUUUGACAAUAUUUAAGAUGUCAUUUCUUUUCCCUAAAAUCAUUCAAGUUUAAAAAAAAUGGCAAAUUCUAUAAUUCAAAAAUGUGAUAUUUUAUGUUUGUGGAAAGCUUGUGUAGAGCACCUUUUUAGCUAUAGGUAGAGAGAUUAACAAAAUCAUUUUAAAAUUAACUGUUGGUGUGGUUUGUUAAGGAAAGAAUGUUUUUAUUAUUAUUAUGUAGUUAAAUACUACAUUCUUCAUAAUACAUGUAACUGUUAUGUAACAUAGGCUGUGAAGAUAAUAAAUGGUUUGUUGAA